UCUCAUGAACCUCUGUGUCUCUUUGCCUCCGUUGUUCACAAGAGAAAGAGAGAGAGAGAGAGAGAUGCGCCAAGAUUCGUGCAUGGCCGAGAAGGGGUUGAAGCUCUUUGGGGUGAGGAUCGUCGGAGAUGCGGCGGAGGAUGAGGAGGAGGAGGUGAUGAGGAAGAGCUCCAGCAUGGGGAACCUCGCAGCAGCGGCGCCGGCGCCGGCGGAGAGUGGUGGAACGGAGCAAGGAUACCUCUCUGAUGGUGGACUUGUUCAGUCGUCGAGACGGAGAGGUGGAAAUGAACGGAAGCGAGGCGUGCCAUGGACCGAAGAAGAACACCGAACGUUUUUUAACAGGACUGGAAAAAAACUCGGCAAAGGUGACUGGAGAGGAAUCUCAAGGAACUUUGUGACAACCCGAACUCCGACUCAAGUCGCCAGUCAUGCCCAGAAAUACUUUCUUAGACAGAACAAUCCUAACAAAAAGAAACGAAGAUCGAGUCUAUUUGAUGUCGUGAUAAAUGACAAAGCUCCUUCAACUGAACCUUCAAAUGAAGUUAAAGAAGCAACCAGUUCUAAUCCUUUGCCGGAGGAGAACUGUUUGGUUGGAAUUGUGCCAUCCCCUGCAACUCAAACAACAUCUCAAGUUUUUUUGAAUGUCCUGCAUCCUUACCACUUGUCAUGAAUCCCAUUGAUAUACCAAAUUUCAGUGCUUCUAAUGUUAUGGUGACUUCUUCAAGCAAUACGAAGUCGAUCUGCGUCCCAGAUUUCCUCAAGCUAUCCUUAUCUCAUCCACAUUGCUCGGCCUUGUCUAAGGCCACAUCUCCGGCAAAAGACAUAACUGAUCUCGAGCUCAGUAUCGCCCCGCCUCGCCCUCCGGGCUCCACCGGCGCAAUCAGUGUGAUCUAAACUUAGCUAUGUUUCAGCCUCUUAAAGACAUGUUUAUGUUUAGUUAUAAACUAGAUAAAAUUGUAUUGUAUGUUUGUAGUAUCAGUAAAAAUGUCAAAUGAGGUGUGAAACAAAUAAAGAAGAGAAGAAUGCAAACGUGUCUGUUAUAAUGUCAUGGUUGCUAUUGUUUUC